AUGUCUGAUUCACUCAAACAACUCAUUCAAACCAUCAUUGACCAAGAAGAAAAGUGUCAAUUCACCUCAUUUACCUCUGAAGAUGCUCUCAGUUUGGGCCUUGCUCUUCUGGAAAAUGCCAAACCUUUCAAGAAGUCUGUCGUUAUUGAUAUCGCCUUAAAUGGACACCAACUCUUCCAUUAUGCCAUGAAUGGUACAUCUAAGGAUAAUGAUGAAUGGGUUCGUCGUAAAAAUAAUACUGUCAACCGUUUCGGUCGCUCCAGUUUUUAUGUUGGUCGUUAUAUUGCUAGCCAAGGUAAAACCGUCGAAGAAAAGUACUUUGUCAGCGAAAAAGAUUAUGCUACCCAUGGCGGCGCUUUUCCAUUGAAGAUCAAGAAUGUGGGUGUUGUUGGCACAAUUACUGUUUCCGGCCUUUCUCAAGAGGACGAUCAUAACUUGGUUGCCAACACAAUCUUGGAAUACAUCUCCAAGAACUAA